CUCUUUAUUAGGAUGCAUCACAACAUACAUCACAGCAGGAACUAGGCUAAUCUAUAAACCGGUUUAAAUAAAUUAUUUAGUAGUCUAAUUGGGGAUCAUUUUAAGUUGGUAUAGGCCCUUCAAUCUCAUAUUACAAUAGGUUAAAUUUACAUAGCCUUGUUUAUUUCUCACAUCAUUAAAGGCAGUUCAAUAAGGUGCUAGUUUUCUAAGCUCAGUUGCAGUAUAGCAGCUGUUUAAAUAUCCUUUGUUCAUGGUGUUUUGUGUUUGGUCAGGGAGCCUGCCUCUCACAGGAGCACGUCAACGUAUUGUUUCCGAUGAUCCAAGAGAAAAAGUCCAUUGUUGUUGCGAAGUUUUUAAUCUGAGGAUUUAAAAGCACAUCACAUGCUCGGACUGGGCAGUGGGGAGCUCCACAACAACAGCAAAACUAGGCUGCCGCAACAAGAAAAAAAAAAUCCACGUUGAGGAGGAUCACUCUGAACCGACCGACCUGACAUGAGACAGCGCAAUGCUAGAGCACUUUAAGAGAGUUUAGAGUUGCCGGAGAGGAGCCUUGGAAAGUGCGACAGAGGAUCAGAAACUUUUUGUACUGGUGAAACCUGGGAUAAACAUGACGCCUAAGUACAGCCAGCGGUCUCUAAUAGUGCUGUCUUUAUUGGGGAUUUUAUCCGCUAUCAUGUCCGUUUUAUCGGUCAUUUUAAUUUUCCAGCUUCAGUCUCAGCAGAUGGCAAUAAGGGAGACACCCCCGUCCACCUCCGCGGUUAUGCCCGCUCAGGUCUGGGCCGUCCUGCUACCCGUCUCCGCGGUGCUCUCUGCUCUGUCCCUCACGCUGAACUUAAGCUGCGUGGUGGUGUGUCUGCUCCACGGUUACUUUUCUACAGAGGUCUGCAGAGGAGAGCACGAAACAGAAAGAGCAGACUGGUUCCUUCUGGAUAGCAGAUCGAUACGACAUGUGGCUAUAGGGCUGUUUUGCAUUGGAGUGUCUGUCUAUUUGGCAGCUAUGUCCAUCUUUAUGCUCCUGAUAUUUGAAGUGGAAACAGGCAUUGCAAGUGCUUGUGUACUCUCCUCUGGGAUUUUAAUCCUCUUGUUUGUUGUAACCCACUCUCUGGUCAAAGCUUCCUGUGGUGCAAAGCAAUAUAAGAGUGACCACCUGGACACUCUGUAUGAGAACAGCCAUGGGAGCAGCCCCAAGCCUCUCUCCCGACCCUGCGAGCUCAAGAUUGGUGUGGACAAACCGCGGAUACACCGGAGCGAGUCUCGCCUCCAGCAUCCGAUGACCUACCCUCAAUAUAGUAACCCAAGACAGCGAGAAAAAUACCAGCAACCACAGUACUCUCCGGAAAGAGGUUCCCAGGGCCAUGCUAGUGAUAAAGAUGGAUAUAGCAGUGGUGGAAGUGGUUCUAGAAUGCAUAGGACCAUAUCUACUGAGUCUGGUUUACUGCAGGCCCAGGCUAAACCCUGGAAUGGGGUCAACAAUGAGAUGAGGGGUGUCCUCGCUCGCAAGACGGGGAUUACUGCUAAAGACUCAACUCUUGUGUGACUUUAAGAAGUUGAACAAGUGUUUGAAAACACUGAUAAGAAGACUUCUAAAAUGAAUGUCAUCUUAAGCAGAUGUAGAACUGUCAAGUUGUAUUGUUUCAUUCUCGGCAUGUGAAUCCAGACUGAGUGAAAACAACAUGGGACUGAGAUGGAAGACCCACCCAAAUUCUGUCAGCUGAACUCCUUUUCAAAUUAUGAAGCAUUCUAAAUUUCUUUUGAACAUACUGAGCACCACUUUUGUAUCAUUUUUAGUGUUUUAUAUGAAUGACAUUGAUUCCAAUUUUGUUACAAACAGCAACAAUAUCCAACCAUCAAUCCCACAACUUUAUAGCUUUCAUUGAGAUAAUGUAAAUACUUUGUUCUGUUGUAUAUUGUAGCUUCUUACCAAAUAUUUGUGCACAAUGUGCAAAUUUGUUUUAUUUGUGUAUUCCAUGUCAACCUUAAAUCAGUUUCAGAGAGUAUUAUUCAGAGUCAAAGUUGGAUGCUUUCCGACACCUAAAUAAGACAUUAAAAUACUCUUAAAGAACUCUCA